AUGUCAAAUGAUAGACGCCCGAUACUCGGAGAGGCUGUAGUUGCAGGUGAGAGUAGUGUCCCUACUUAUACAAUACCCAACACAGAUGGUCCACAGCACAACCCUUACAAUAAUGCUGACGACGACGAUGAAAUAUUUCCUGAACUUAUCAAAAACCCGGGAGAUAAUAUAAAGUUCAGCAAGACAAAUGGACUUACCGUCUUAACUACGGCAGUUUUUAUAGUGGGAGAAACGGCCGGAAGUGGCAUCCUUGCCUUACCAGAUGCGGUCAAAAAUACAGGUUGGAUUGGUAUUGUGUUAAUAUUUGCUCUUGGCCUGGGAGCAGGGUUCACAGGAGUCAGACUUGGCAAAUGCUGGGUCAUAGUUCAAAGUAGAUAUACAGAAUACCAGGGACACAUACGAUAUCCAUACCCGGCUAUCGGUUACAAAUGUUUUGGGAACUAUGGACGUUAUCCCGUCUCUUUCUGUAUCAAUUUCACCAUGUUUGGCGGAGCGACGGUUUUCUUACUGCUAGCCGCACAGAAUAUCCAGUCGCUCAUUUUAGCAUGGAGUGGGACAGACUUUUCCUACUGCAUCCUGCUAAUCAUUCUAGCUGCGGUUUUACUUCCAUUGUCAUGGCUAGGAACGCCCAAUGACUUCUGGUUCGUUGGUGUCGGUGCGAUGGCUGCUACAGCGGUUGCAUGUCUUCUCCUGUUCACCGGGACCCUUCUAGAAUCCCGUGGUGUAGAUAUCAAUGCCGUUGAACACACAAAUCCAACAUUUCAAUCCUUCUUCCUCGGUUUUGGCGCCAUUUUGUUCUCAUUUGGCGGGCAUGCGGCAUAUCCCACAAUACAACACGAUAUGGUUGAGCCACAGAAGUUUCCAAAAGCUAUAUUGAUCACAUAUUCAAUUAUCAUGUGCAUGUACCUCCCUAUCUCUUCGUCCGGGUAUUUCGUAUUUGGCGACAACUUGAGGAACAACGUUUUACAGAAUCUAACAGAGCAGCCGGUUAUCCGACACAUUGCGGAGGUCCUUAUCACGUUGCACCUCUUGCUUGGCUUCAACAUUGUCAUAAAUCCCAUCAGCCAAGAAGUAGAAGAAUUCUUCAAGAUUCCACAUUCAUUCAACUGGAAGCGAUGCCUUAUCAGAUCAGGCAUUGUGUGUUUUGCCCUUUUUGUCGCUGAGACAAUACCUCAUUUUGGUUCAAUUCUCAAUCUAAUUGGUGGAUCUAGUACGGCUUUUCUCAUAUUCGUCUUCCCGUCGAUAUUUUAUCUGAAGCUGUGUAGCAUGAAAGGAGACUGGGAUGAAAUAGAAGUUGAGCUGUGGGAAAAAGUUCUUUUAAUUAUAUUAUGCUCAAUCGGCGUAGUUGGUGGCGUCGCUUCAACAGUAUCAACAAUACAAUCAAUGGUGGACCCGAAAACAUUUGUACCACCGUGUUACGUAAACGGCGGUGUAUAG